UAGAAGUUAACUACGAUGAAUUCACAUCGGUUAAUCGACUUAGUUGGCUCAGUGGCACCCAACAUUAGGGUUCGGACGCUGUUUGUCAGCGGUCUCCCUCUGGAUAUCAAACCUCGGGAGCUCUACCUGCUUUUCAGACCGUUUAAGGGCUAUGAGGGUUCGCUUAUAAAGCUCACGUCUAAGCAGCCUGUAGGUUUUGUCAGUUUUGACAGCCGCUCAGAAGCAGAAGCUGCAAAGAAUGCUUUGAAUGGCAUCCGCUUCGAUCCUGAAAUUCCGCAAACACUACGACUAGAGUUUGCUAAGGCAAACACGAAGAUGGCCAAGAACAAGCUGGUCGGGACUCCAAACCCCAGUACCCCUCUGCCCAACACUGUACCUCAGUUCAUCGCCCGGGAGCCAUAUGAGCUCACAGUACCUGCACUUUACCCCAGUAGCCCUGACGUGUGGGCCCCGUACCCUCUGUACCCAGCGGAGUUAGCGCCUGCUCUACCUCCUGCUGCUUUCACCUACCCCGCUUCACUGCAUGCCCAGCUAACAGAUCCACCUUCGGGAGAUUAAUGAUCCCCCUCAACCCAGCUGAUGCUCCUCCGGGACUUACGAGGACCAUCUGACAGCAAUGACGUCACCACUGCCUGAUGUUUGCCCCAGACGACACCUCUCCCUUAAUGAUCUCACCCUCAUAUCACACAGGAGGGACUGGGCGAGGUUCCCUCCCCAGCUCGGCUAGCUGGAAGGCGGGUGUCACCCGAGUGGAGGCGUGGAAGGGGCUGCAGGGGAGCCGGGCCCUGGUAGCUAGAGUCGCGUGUGUCUGUGUGCGUUUCUGUGUGUUGAAAGGUGUCUUCUCUCAUGUUCUCUGAGCAUCUAGGGACCCCAAGGUGGGGGGAGUUUGGAGCACCCAGGAAGAAGUCUUAGAUAAUGCUUUACACGUGUUACGGGGGAAGAUUAAGGGAGGCGGCCCUAUUUUUAGGAAAGGGCAGGAAGGAGGUCUAGAAUGUAAUUACAGGUCAAGGUAGAGAUCAUGGCGCUAGCGGACUUGCUGUCUUAGGUAAGAAUAGCCCAAGGCUGACAAACAAACUCCUGGUCACUCCACGAAGAUGGCUGUCCAUCUGCUAAUGCUUUCUCUCCCCUCGAAGAAACGGCUUCUCCCAGCGCAGCUGCUUGUGUAAGUAGCAGUCAGGGUUCGACGUGGGGAUUAAGCACGCCUUCUUUGUGCUGCAAAGAGCGAUGAGAAACGCCCCCGGAGGCAGAAUACAGGUUUCCUUUAGUUGGACUGCAUGGGUCACACUGCUGCUCAGUGAGAAAGCCUACUUUUCUAAUCACUUGUUGGGCUAAACAGGUGGGCUUUCUUCUCUGUACUGCUUUGUGUUGAUGAUAAGACUGAAGAAAAUAAACAGCUUCCCAGAAAAUGCUUCCUUCUGACGUAAAACUCUUGCAUGUUGUACACAAUCACACACACGCAUACCUACCUACACUCGUGAGAGUUUGCAGAAGCCACUGGGUCCUCCUCAUGGUGGCCAGACGGCCUUCCGCUCUCAGCAGAGUGCCGGUGCCGGGCCCCUGGCUUCCCCGUCGGAGUCCCCAGAAGGACUGGGGGGCAGGGAGUGGAGAGGGACACCUUUGUGAAGAGAACAGCUGGUGGUAGUGCUGAGCAUGCUUCACACAGAAAAAAUAGUAACAAUGAAAGGAGCUCUCACGACCCUGGAUUCCUCAGCGGGAUUAGUUGUGCCUUUUGCUCCUGGUCCUCCCCUUUUGUCCAUGUCAUUGCUUGGUGACCCUGCAGGGUCAGGUAGCAGAGGAGGGAGGCGGGUAGGCAUGGAAAAGUAAUCUAGAAAUUGUCUGCCAGGUAUCCAUAGGUCUACACUGUGCUAGAGGUAACUACGGAGAGGACUGGAGUAACAGGAAGGGUCUGUAUCCGUUUUAUCAUCCACCCCACCCCUCUUUUCUGGGAAUGAUGUGUCCCUUCAAUACUGCUUUUCUGCUUACACGACCCAGUUGUGAAGCGGAGGCCACUGGCCCCUGACUUACAGGGUUCCUUCUGCCAUUAAAUCAAACAUCUCUUUCCCCGCCACCCCUCCAUUAUUAAUGCAUGUUUUUCACUAAUGCCUUUCAUUAUCAGUGUCUUGAUAAAUCUGUUAGUGUGUCAGAGUGAACCAUAAGAGUGAACAUCUGUGAAUAACAUGAGCAAAGUGUGCACUGCCACAUAUUAGUAAGACGCCCUACCCAAAAAACAUACCAACAAACAAAAGCAUAUCAUUAGAACUGUGAUCCUUCUCAACUCGAAUGUGUCUUCUGUCGGGGACUUAUACUACCUGUAUAAUACAGGUCAGUUGGCAACUAAGGGAAAUUGUAAUGAAUACCAUGAAAAAAUGCCACGCUUGCAUAGUCUUUUGACUCUCCAUGGCUUUGGUUAAUCAGCAACAAAGCCUGUCACUGUUUCCCUGCAUGAUCAAGAGUUGGCAAUGGUCAGGAAGGUCUGGGAACUGUGGCUUUGGGACAUGACAUCUGGGUAAUUAGCCUUUGGUUGUUCAUGUAAUGGUUGAACUCAGGCACAGUUCUGGGAAUGCGGAGGGAGACCGGCUUACAACAUCUCUGAAAUCAGAGCCUUUCCACUGAGCACAGGUGGGGAGAAAAUGCCAAGAUUAGGCUAACUCAACCAUCUGAGUGCACGAGACGCAUUGCCUGCGUUGGCAUCAUCCUCCGUGAGUUCUGUCUUAAUCUUGCGGUUUUCCCAUCAUGGAAUCCCCUUGGCGUUGCCACACCUGCCCCGGACUUGGUGGACCUAAUCUGAUCUCAGUGAGAUUCAUGUGCUCAACCUCACUUCUCCUUUGGAAUAGUCCCUGCGCAAUCUUGGGUUCUCUAAAGACUCGAGAGAAAAUGUAGCCCUUUAAAUCUGUGUGUCCAGUGUGAAAAUCAUAGAAUGAACUGGUGGAGGUUUCUCCUGUCAGCUGGUCUGACCCACUUUGCAGAUGAGGAGACAGACCUAAGAAGAUGGAAAGUAUUAUCCAAGGUCAGAAGUGAUUGAUUCUACCUGAGUAGGUGCGGGUCGGCCUAACCAACGUCGUGUUCUUUAACGAAAUGUCGGAAAGACUGCAUUCCAGUGGCUCUUUGGAUCUUUCUUCUCUAACUAGAUGGGAAGCCCCUCAGAAGAGGCCUGGAGGCAAAAGCAAGGGAAACAGGACUUACCUUCACCGAAAGGGCCUGAGAGAAUUUUACUAAUGGGAGGUCGAGCAGAGUGGGAAGGCCAAAAAGGCGCCAUCUCCCUUAGUUUCUGGAAUCUUAUGUUGUUGGAGAAACUUCUAAAUAAUGUUGCUUUCCUUAGCAAUGUUGUGCCCUGUUUUGAGACAUGGAUUUUU